AUGUCCCGACCGUUCCUAUCACAGUCAGCUGCUCGGCGACUGUCCCGACAGUCCAGCCGACUGUUCUCAACGUCUCGGCCCGCGACACGCUUCUCCGCUUGCUCCGUCGGCGAAGCUACCUUGGACCGGCGGACACCUACAAGCGCCAAACAGACGUCUCCAUGCCAUCCCUUAAUUCGGAGAGCCUCCGUUCGACCUCCUUUUUCCUACCAACAAGCUGCUCCUUUCUCCUCAUCGGCUGCCUGCUCAGCCACCAAGGUCCUACAAAAUCCGAGGACCGGAGACGAAGGCGAACCACUGAUGAUCAGUAUAUCGCCACGCGCUGUGGAGCUUCGGGACCAUCUGUAUCAGUCUGGUUUAGUCCUCAGCACAUACGACCAUAGGGUGUGGAGAACAGGGCUUCCCGUCCGCUCAGCCGUACUUAAGCCACACGCCGGUCAGUUAGUACUAUGGUGGCGCUUGCGUGAAAUUACAGAUCCUUCUUCAUCACCUUCCGCCACAAAGGAAGAAAACCCCUACAACCACCUCCGCAUUACCGUCACUAGCGGCGGCUGCCAUGGUUUCCAGUACAUAAUGUCGCUCGAGUCCGCAGCCAAGAUCGACCCCGAAGAAGACACAGUCUUCGAGGGCGAGGCCGAGGGCGCCGAAGCAGAUGCCCGUGGUGAAGCAAAGGUUGUCUUGGAUGAACCCUCCCUAGAGCUGCUUUCAGGCAGCACGGUGGAUUAUACUACAGAGCUCAUUGGCAGCCAAUUCAAGAUUGUGGAUAAUCCCCGAGCCUCAAGUAAUUGUGGCUGUGGGACGAGUUUCGAUGUCAUGGGUUAA